AUGAAAAAGUUGUUGGAUAGCACAAACACCAAGUUGAAUAGAGCUCUUCAGAAAACAAAUGAAGCAAUAGGAAGAGCUGAAAAAACAGAGUUCGACGAAGAGUUUCUGGCUCUGGUUUCGCAGGCCGAAUCAACACAUGAAGCAACAAGGAAAAUAAUGGAAGCCAUUGAGCUGUGGAUCAACCCAUGUGUUUCUAGAAAAAUCGAGGAUGUCGCAAGCAAGGUAGAAAGUUUGGUCACUGAUAAUAAGGCUUACUGGUUAAAAGUUCCAGCAAAGUUGCCUGCUGAACAUUUUGGAGAGACACUGAUCAAUGUUGCUAUGGAUGUUGGCGUUAACAGUCAAUAUGGUGAGGCAUUGAAGAAAUGCGGCGAAUAUGGUCGCGGUGUAGCAGCAGCUGAACACCGAAGGAAUUCAUUGUUAGAGAAGAAAACACUGACUGUACUGCAUCAUUUUCUAUCGGUGGACUGGCCUGAUAUUCAAAAGGAACGUGGCCAUCUAGAAUCAUACCGUUUGGACUAUGACAAAUUAAGAAGUAAGGUGAAGAACAGUGAAAAUCCAGAUCCCAGUACUUUAGCAAACAUGGAGAAAGCUAAAGGCGUUCUUGACAAACAACUGGAAGUGACAAGAGCUAAAUUAGAGAGAAUAAAGUCAGUGAAUCAAACCAAUUUGGUGGCAAUAAAAGAGCUUAUAGCUGCACAGAGAAACUAUUUCAGUGAAUGCAGACAAAAGACUGAAGAGUUGGCUGCUGAGCUAGAGAAAUCUUAAAAGUGCUCUUCUCUCACUAUAUUAACAAUACUGCAGUGUAUGCCGGCUACUGCAAGCAGACAAGACGCAUGUCUAUUUUUCUGGUGCCUAUAAACUGAUGACAUUACAUUAUAUGCUUAUUUUUUACAAUUGAAUUCAAUAUAACCUUCUGUGUGUAUAUGGU